AUGUUAUGCUUGGUGGUUUACGUUGUUCGCGUGAGUUCAUCAGCAGCAGUGGAUGCACGAAUCGGGCAUUGCUGGGCUCGCGAUGAGCGGUCGACCCUGCAGCUUUCCGAUGACAAUGGUUGCAGCUUGCAACGUGUCGGUGAAGUGUGGAAUGAAUUUCAGCGUAACGAACAGGGCACGGAUAUUAUUUUCCGGAAUCAAAUUAAGGCCUGGGCUUUCCCAACAAGCAGCGAUGUAAGCAUAUUCUGUAAUUUGCAUAUGUGUCGAUUUGCAUGCCGUCAUCUGCCUUGCGCUGGUGGUGAACGUCAGCGGCGGGAUGCUGCAACGGUUGUUCCAGCAGACAGUUUUUCUGCUGCACAAGUGCUACGGACAAAUUAUCGAGUGGAAAAUGGACGCAAAAAACAGGUGACUUGA